AUGGAUUCAGGCCAUUUUAUUCACAGAACAAAUUCAGACAUUCCCAAAAUCAGUUUGAGAGCAGCACUUAAAACCCAGGACUUUCAGGAGGUCAAAAGUCUUGACCUUGGUAAAGUGAUUCGUCUCCUUGAGGAUCCUUUGACAACAAACUUGAAGGAGAGGCACCUUUUUGUCUUGAAGAAACUACUCAAGAGAAACCAGAAUGGCUUCCUUUUGAGGGAGCUGACAGACCUCUCCAGAAUACUCAACAUCUGUGCUGAGAAAACAACGGAUCACCAUGAGUAUGCAGCAGUUCUGUGUGAAGCUCUUAAAAUCUGCAGCCUUCCCUUCGUGAAGGAGAGAGCAUCAGAUGAGCUGAACUUCACUCAGGCUGUCACAGAGUUCCUCUCAAACAUGGCUCGUCUGAUGAGGGUGUCACACGAAGAAGUGAGGCUGCGUCUUGUUGAAUCUGUGAAGUCGUUCUUCAGCUCUGCGGUUCAGAUUAAAGAACCUGAAGGGCUUCAGCACGUCUCUCCAGGUUUCCGUCUGCAGCAGCUGGACCACAGCGACGUCCCCAGAACCCUGCUCCUCUCCAUGGCUGCUGUGCAGAACCAGCCGGCCGUCAGGCUGCAGCUCCUGCAAACACUUCAGAUCCUCUCCAGCUCCUCUGACCGGAGCUGUGCUUCAAUUCUGCAAGAAAGAGGAGCCGAGACGAUCUGUCUCCACAUGAACGAGCCCGACCCGUCCGGUCAGGUUCUGCUCUGCUCUGCUGAAAUCCUCUGGAACCUGCUGGAGGGAGGCAGCACAGAGGAGGUCAUCGCUCAGCUCAGCAGCAUGGAGUGUGUCCUAUCUCUGAAAGAAACAUUUUUGUUCCUGCUGGAGAACUCUUCCCAACGUUCUGACCUCCGGCCCAGAAAUUACCUGCUUGUGAUCACGUGUUUCGUGGCUGAACGCUCCAGCUCUCUGCUUGUUGAGAGUUUUUUUGCUAAAGAGCUUCUGAGUUUCUUCAAGUGUAAGACUGAACAUUUUAGCUCUUCAGCUCACAAACUCACCUUCAGUGAUGAAGAUGUGAAGAUGAAGAAGCUGCUGUUGAGUCUGUUGGUUGUGUUGUGCAGAGACGGCGCUGCGCUGCAGCUCUACAGGGAGGAGCAGGUCAUGAUGUUUCUGCUGAAGCUGGUGAAGCUGCCCUUGGUCUCAGCUGAGCGUCAGCCGGGUCCAUCUCAGCAGGAGGAGCUGCAGCUGCAGGCGCUGGCCGCCCUCAGCAGCAUCGCUCCCUUCCUGUUGGCCGACUACAUGUCCUGUCAGGGAAACAACUGCCUGCUGCUCCUGCUGGACCUCUGCGUCGGAGCGGACGUCGCUGCCUCUUCUUCAACAGGAGGAGGAGGAGGAGGAGGAGGCACCAAGGCUCAGAUGAGACGUUGUAUCAGAACUCUGAGGUCGGUGACGUCUCUGGGCGACCCGUCUGUAAACCAGGAUCUCUGUGAUCAGGGAGCAACCAGACAACUUCUGGGGAUUUUGAUUCAGUUGGAAGCAAGUUCUGAUGAGGAGGAUGUGCUCAGCGUGGAGAUGAUGUCUGAUGUUCAGCUGGUCCUUUCAGCGCUCUGUGAGACAGACACACACACCAAGGAUCUGUUUGGUUCAGAUGGAGCUCAGAUGGUCGUUAACUUCCUGAAGAAAGGCUCAGAGAACUUCUACAGUGGAUUGGGACACAACAAGCUCAUUCUUUCCACUGUCGACUGCGUGUGGUCCUGCAUUGUUGGCUGUUUCUCCACAGAAUUUUACUUUUUAGUUAAAAACGGCGUCUCUCUCCUGCUGGAUUUACUCAGAACGGGCCCUCGGUGCGUCUGCAGCAUCGUGCUCUCUGCCCUGCUGGGUCUUUGUGACAACCCGGACUCUCGGCCUCAGAUCCUGAGCUGGAGGGACGCCGACGGUCUAACGGCCCCCAGCUUCCUGCUGCAGCUGUGGAGGGAGGAGGAGGAGGAGCUGGGGGUCCUUCGAACCCAGCACGGAGGGAUUCAAGAUCCCAGAAAGCCGCUGCUGACUCGUUUCCAUCGGGACGCCGGAGGUUCGUCGCUUCCUGUCGACACGCCGAGCGCCACCGUGCUGGAAAUAUCAGAAAACCUGCGAGCAAAGAUUUACUUCAUCCUCUGCAGUUUGGGUUUUCUGGAGCUUCCUGGACUCUCGGCGGAGGAAUACGUGACUCUGAGCAUCGUGAAGAGAUACCUGGACUUCAAGGUCGGCGAGGUUUGGGACGAGGUCCGCCGGGACCUGAGCCUGGACGGCGUGAGGCCCGUCAGCCCUGAUGAGGACGCCCUGAGCUCCGUCUGCGGGAUGUCGGAGGACACGGCGAGGAGGACCGCGAUGGAGCAAACCAUCAUCCUGGAGCUGCAGCAGGAAGAGGAGCUGAGUGAGGAGCUGCUGCUUUACCAGGAGAUGAAGUCUCACUGGAAGCAGCAGGAGCUCACAGACACGUCCUGGAACGAUUACGUCUCCAGAACGUCACAUUACGAGACCCUGAAGGAGAGGAAAGCUCAGAGGGAGAGACACGCCGAGUCCAGCAGACCUGAGAGGAAAGACGAUCGUCCUGACAAGGGUUUUAUCGGCCGCAUCCUGACGGUGGAGAACACCGGCGCUCUGGGCCCAACGGGGCUGAAGGUGACGCUGUCCGGAGCUCCGAUCAGAACCGACCCCACAACACAGAACCUGAGGUUCUCCAGCAGCACCGAAGACGAGCAACCAGAACCAGGGAUGAUCUUCAGACUAGGAAGACUGACUCCAGGAUACUUCUGUCUCCUGCAGAGGCAGUUGUCCGGGGAGGUCCGAGUCCAGCAGUACUGCAGCAUCAUGGAGCCUGUUGCCAUGACGAUGGCAGCAGUGGGGAUGGGAUUCUCUGCUUACAGCGCCAAGAAGAUGCUUGAGAACCCUGGGAGGGAUCUCUGA